AUGCCUGAAAGACUUAAUGAGGAUGUUUUCCAGAGAGAAUUAGAUUCAGGCUUAGUCACUGAAAUUGUCCAAGACGCCCAUUUAGAAGGCCGGACUCCUAUUUCGAAGAUCCAAGACGUGACUGAGAUUCGUAAGUUUCAAGAGGAAGUGAAAACGAAAGGGGAAGAGAAAACGAGAGGGGAAGCGAAAAAUGAAAGGGAAGCGAAAAAAUGA